AUGGAUGACAAAUUUAAAGAGUUGGAAUGUGCUUCUAUCAGGUCAUUGAUCAGUCUACGGACUUCAUUAUCUAAGGAAGUUUCUGCCUCUGUUUCUAGAAUCAGAAGACAAUUUCAACGAGCUCAAAAUGGUGUUGACAGCGAAGUCCGUCGCCUGCAGGACGAGAACGAAUCUUUAAAAAGAUCGUUAAAGCACAUGGAGGAUGUCAUGAAAGGCAAAGAAAUGGAGAUAUGCGGUUUGCGUCGCCAAGUACAAAGCUUUUCUUCUGGGGGAGCUAUGUGCACUGUAUGCUCCCGAACAGUCAAUGUCACAGCUGACUUGUUGGGUGCUGAGAGAUGCAAAACAAAGUCCAUCUUAAUUCAUAAACGUCCUCAUUUGAAUACUUCAGCAUCAGAUGGUGCAUCCGUUUCGACCUCGAGCAGCAGUAUCAAGCAACCAAUCAAGAAACGCCCAUGUGUCCAAGACACUGUGACGGAAAGUAUCCUGGACAACCAUGUCAACACAACACCUACUGGCACUCGUAAAUCCCCAUCUGGGGAAGCUGAUCAAAGUCAGCAUGAUGAAACAUCUAACACCGAAUCAACAACACUAACGAAUAGUGUGUUUCCCGUAGGCUCACUCAGUCCACCUUCAGAAAUAUACGAUGCCUCCUUAGCGAUUAAAAAUGCCGUAAACCACAAUGAUUUGGCAGAUUACGAUGUUACAUGUCGAGAUUCUUCUAUGCAAGACCAACCACAAUUGCCAAAAAAGCUGAAUCCGCACCAGCUUUUAUACAAAAGACGAAGCAGGCCCGUCGGCGCUGAGUCUGCCCCACAGAAAAUUAUUAACAAGCUAUCGGCAAGUGGUUUUAAGGCGAAACACAAACACCGACCUUCCUGUCGUCACUUUCGCCCUACUGUUGGAACCAAGCCGAAGUGCGACGAUACAGCUGACGACGUAAGUUCUCCAUCUGGCUUUCUGGAGACAGAAGGAUCUGAAAAUCCUCUUCCUUCGACGUCUGUAACCAACGAGUCCCCAAUGAAACUCAAGUUGAAAAUUCAUUUACCUUCCAUUGGUGGUUCUCCCACUCGUGACGAUGCAUGUUUCAAGUGUCCAUUACCCGUAAAAUGUGGAAAUCUCGCGGACAAUAUACUUCGCUCUUCCUCGAAUAUUAAUGCCAAAGUUAACGCGGAUCAUAUGCCUGAGGAAGCAGAUGCAAAGAAAGAAAAUAUUACGAAGAAUAUUUAUCCUUGUGAUCAUUGCAAUCGUGUGUACAAAUGCAGAACUUCUCUAUACCGGCACCGAAAGGAAGCUCACUUAAAGGAUGAUAAAGUAAGAGCUGGAAGGUCAUUCAAUGACAGACCUCCAUCAACGCCAACAGGUUUUUGGGAUCUUGAGUUGGAGCAACGUAACAGUAAUGAUAACGACGAUGAAAAGGAGAAUACCAAAAGCGUAGACAAAAAUGAUGUCGAGAAUGCCUCACCUUAUAUUUCUCGUCGUCGUCGUCGUUACCCUUUAAGCUUUCGUUCAAUUCAGGCUGAUAUGUAA